AUGGUAAUUUCUUCGUCCAGCAUAGAAGUCCAGCCUGUCAAGCUCUCGGUGUCGUCAACACUGUGUGCCUCUUCUCAGUUCUGGAGAACUAUACAAAUGAUGUCUUCUAAAUCCUGGUUUUCAAAGUCAGUGCUUCUUUGUAGGCUUCCUCCUGGUUUUCUCCCUCACCCUGACAACUCUGCCUGUACAGACAGGAGUAGAUGCGCUCAUGGGCUCAAUAGCGGUUCCUGCAACUCCGUUCUUUAUUCAGCAGUAAGUGAAGGCUGCGCGACUUUUUUUUCUGCUCCCCCUUGCCUUUCCCUUCUCAUAGCCGCGAAACAAACGGGUCCCUGGUGCCUCCGCUCCUCGAGAAUCCUGGCGAGAACUGUGCCCUUUUUAGGCUGGACAGGCUCUUUUGUCUGCUUUGUAUCCGCUUUUAAACUUGCGGAGCCCCGUUGUUCUACGGGUUGUAUAUUCCUUAGUCCCCAGCGGCCCUCAGCGCCCCACCGCCGGCGGCGCAGGACGGCCACGCUCAUUCUUAGGCUCCUGCGGGGCUGCUGCCGCCUCGGCUACGGGUUCGGGAACGAGCACCCGCGCUCCGGGCACUGCACCGCCGUCCCCGGGUACCCGAGCGCGGCGGGGCGAGAUGGGGGCGGGCAGGACCGGUGGGCUGGAGGCCGCCCCCAGCCCUGCCCCUGUGCCCGCCUCGGGCGCUCCGAGCGGCCGCUGCCGGCGGGAGAUCCGGAGCCGGCCGGGGCUGUCGGCAGCAGCCUCCGGUUCGGCACUCGCGGGGUUGGGCUCUGGCGAAGGGACUGCGGGAUAUGCCACGAGGCCGUGGGAAAGCGGCUCGGGAAACUUCCCAGCCAGGAGCAGCGAGCAAGUGUCCGGCAGCUGCCUGUUGUAGCUGGUGAAAGUUGUUUCGGUUCCCACCGGCUCUGGGUGUUUGGGAGCUUCGGGAAGGCUUUUUGGAUGUCUUGCCAGAAGAGCUGCAUCUGGAGUAUUACAACUGCAGAGCAAAGAAUAUCGUUGGGAAUUAUAUAAAUGCUGUCAGUUGUAUAAUGGAAAAACCAUCUGCUUCAGUUGAAAGCUUUAAAUGCACCUACAAAAGCAAUUUGCUCUCUGCUUUCAAGAACACGGGCACCCAACCAUCGCCUGCCUUUGGACUGGGAGGACAGCAAACAUCAAGCUUCUGCCUCACCUUCAAGUGGUGCUUUGUUUGGACAGACGGCCAGUGCCUCUGGACAUCACGUCACCUCAGCGUCUGCUGCAGUCACCAACACCACCGCCUCAGAGAAGUUAUUUACACCCAAGAGCGAAUUAUCAGCUGAAGAGUGGCAACAGUUUGAAGCAAAGGAGUUCACCAUUGGAAAGAUUCCUCUUAAGCCACCCCCCUUAGAACUUUUAAAUGCUUAUGACCUUUUAAGUUUAUUCAGAAGUAACAUGUUUUGAAAUCAAAUCAAAGGCUUCCGUUUUGUUACUUUUUGUCUCCUCUCUCAAGUCUCUUCUGCAGGAAUAAACCCCCAGUUAUAAACAUUGGAACACUG